AUGUCGAACAAAAUCCCUAAUCCGCCCGGUGUGGGAGCGGGAAAGCCUGCUCAUCCGUUCGCCGUGACGGUAGAAGAGCCAGUAGCGAACGCAAUCGUCCCAGACGGAUAUGGUAUCAAGUAUCACGCAUACCACACCAUGGCAGAACAGAAGGAGUGUUGGACCCAGCUGCCAGGUGGCGCGGUCCUGCCCAUGUCAUCUGUGGCUGACUUUCCGAUGGUCUUGCCACCGGGAACGAAGCUGCCAGGCGGAGUGAUGGUGCCUAUCGUCAUGGAGCGGAUUGCGAAGGCAGACAAGGCGAGACUGCAGCCCGAACCGAUCUGUUCCAUCCAGUGA